ACUUAAUUAUAUUGCAUUGCACGUAUAUUAUUGAAAGAAAUAUUAUUAAUUAAAAAAAUAUCGAAGUUCUAUCAAUAUCACAUUUAGAAAUAAUCGUCUUUUUAAAAACGUUUUGUAAGGCGGUCAUGGACUGACGUAUGACAUAACAGCGAAUAUUAUAGAUCCACUUUAACAUAGAAAAAUGGCUACUUGGACUGAAGAUGAAAUUGGAAGAAAGUGGGAUCGAUGUUUUACGGAUGCUCUUUUGAAAUUUGGAGGAGGAAUUCUUCUUGGAGGAGUAUUUUCGCUAUUCUUUUUCAAACGAAGAAAAUGGCCGAUUUUAACUGGAGCAGGUUUUGGGUUAGGUAUGGCAUAUUCUAAUUGUCAAGAAGAUUUGAAUUCCUCGGUAAGAGUUACCCAGAAGAAAAAAGAAUGUAAGAUACCAGGCGCACCAGAGAAAAAAAAUUCUUAGCAAAGUUUCUACUGAAUAAAAUUAUGAUGUUAUAAAAUAACAUGCAAUAUACCAAUAAACUAGUUGAACUUGUAUUAUAGUGUCAUAUGAAAUAAACUGUUUCUUAAUAAAA